UUUCCAAACACGUUCAUUUGAGCCUCUUAUCCCACUUCUCAUGUUAUCACCACCACCACCGCCCAAUAUAAACAUCACUAAAACAUAGCAUCUUCAUCAUGACCACACUCUAUAAAACGUUUCGUAGAGCAUUGACUACCAAGGACGGUGCUCUACUCGGCAGCAUCUUCUCCCCCGAAAAUCCGGACCGCGGAACAUUCGCCUUCUCUACUAAUCACGAGAGGAUUCGCGGCGACGUCGAAUACGAAAUCUCCGGUCUGACCCCCUUACGCGAUGAGAAUACCAGAGCUGCCUGGAUCGACACCUUGGUCUGCUACUGGAAGAUAGCGUACAUUCUGGAGCGGGACGAUGGGGCAGAUGUGAGUUGGGCGAAGGCUUACGAGGGGCAGAAGGAUCUUUUACUAGUUAUGGUUAGGGGCUAUACAAAGGGGAACUGGCCGCAUUGGACACUUCCCGUCAUGUACCAGAUUUGUCUGUCUUUGAGAACUGUUGCUAUAUUAUCGGAUGACCAAGCGCGAAGACUUGGGAAGGCCUCGGAACACCUUGAGGAUGCGGCGAGGUAUAUUAACAAGGCCUUUACAUUAUGUAUCAGCGACCGCGCCCCUAUUGAGGAAUCGAGAAAAUGGGGAACUUAUUAUAUUGUUAACCUCAUGUUCAAAACUUACUUCAAGUUAAAUUCUGUCGGUCUAGCAAAAAACAUACUUCGUGUGCUUCCUGCUUCCCUUGCUGACAUGCCACCUUUGGAAGCAUUCCCCAAAAGCCACAUUGUUACCUUUAAAUACUACUGUGGAGUUGUCAGCUUCUUAGAAGAAGACUACGGGAAUGCACAAGCACACCUAACCUACGCUCUAAACCACUGCAAGGCCGAUUCCAUCCGGAAUAAAGAAUUAAUCCUAACCUACCUGAUCCCCACAACAAUGUUAACGAAGCACAAACUCCCGACCCUGGAACUCCUCUCCCGUUUCCCCCGCCUAGCAACACUCUUCAACCCGGUUUGCAAAACCAUUAAAUCCGGCAACCUCCAAGCCUUCGAUGCCGCCCUCCGCCACGGCGAAGAAGAAUUCGUGAAGCGCAGAAUCUACCUCACCUUAGAGCGAACGAAAGACAUCGCCAUGCGAAACCUCUUCCGUAAAGUCGUUCUGUACCAGAACGAGGAGAGCAGGACUAAGAUCCCCGUAAGACAGUUUCAGAUUGCCAUGGGGUUGGAGGCGGACGGUGACACGGUUAUGCGGUCGACACCGGAGAGGGUCGAAGUCGAGAUCGAGGAGGUGGAGUGUUUACUGGCUAAUAUGAUAUAUAAGGGCCUAAUGAAGGGCUAUAUCUCCCGCGAGAGGCAGACUGUCGUGCUGAGUGGGAAAGAGCCGUUUCCUGGAACCGUAGUGUAA